AUGGAGCAAACAGCAAGCGUCGAAAAAGAGCCGGAGAACAGAAUGUGGUGCUGUGCCUGGGGCUUGAUCAAGCGACAACAGAAUGACCAAUGUUCCGAGGAUGAAGACGGAUUUACACAUACCAAGCUCAAGCCCAAGGAGUUUGUCAUUACGGGCGGCAUUCAGCCUCAACUCAAAAUUGUUCACAUUUCGCCCAGCGAGGAGAAUGUCUUUCCGCAUGAGUACAGUCAUCAGCUGCCCGGAAUGGGCAUACAUAACGUGGCGUUAAGUUCCGAUAAUAAUUGCAUCUCUGCCGUCUCUAUGGAUGGCAAUUUGAUGCUGCUUAAUGUUAAGGGUGGCGUACGCUUGCCACGGGUCAAUCAUUGUCACGUUAGUAACUUCUGGUCAACGGCUUUCAGCCGCAACACCGACUGUGUCUAUGCGGGCUCGGGCAGUGGACACAUUUUCAAGUAUGACACUACGUUGGGUAAGCUGCAGCACAGCUAUGACACGGAUCGCUGUGAGAAUGUGAUGGGCUUGGCCAUCAGCGGCGAUCAGCGUUUGGUGGGUGCUACCGACUAUGCGGGCAAUUUCACACUGCUCGACGGCUCCACGGGUCAGGUGCUGCGUCGCCGCAACUAUAAGAAGCCGCUGCGAAGAUUAGUCUAUGAUCACAGCAUGCGCCACGCAUUGGCUGCCUGCGAUGAUAAAACCAUCAAGGUAAUCGAUUUGCCCAGCGGCAGACUGCGAGAGAGUCUGGCGGCACACGAUGCGUUUGUUAUGUCAGUGGCUGUAUCGCCCGAUGGCUUGCGAUUCGUUAGCGGCGCAUACGAUGGCUCCAUCAAGGUGUGGGACGUCCGCACGACAAAGAGCUCGUUGUCCUUUCAUUGUGGCAGCAAUUCGAAUCUAUGGGACGUGGCAUUCAACAAGCUGAACAACAAGAUCAGCUUUGUCGGCGACGGCAAGGGCCUUAACAUUUACUACUGUUUAGGUAAUAGGGAAAUGAUGCUUGUCUAG